AUGUCUGCUGAUGAGGAGUGGUCUUCAGUUGAAGAUGACGGUCAAGCAUCUAAACUGGCCAGAAAAGCCCGGGAUGCCCCCUUUGUUCCCAUUGGACUAGCAGGCUGCCUUACUGUGGUGGGUUAUGGUCUUUAUAAGCUAAAACACAGAGGAAACCAAAAAAUGUCAGUCCACCUCAUCCACAUGAGAGUUGCAGCACAAAGCUUUGUCGUAGGGGCAAUCACAAUAGGUGUUCUGUACUCUAUGUAUACUGAUUACGUCAGCCAGACCAGCAGUAAGCCGAAAUAA